AUGAAUGACACUGGGGCAUUUGUUUAUACUGUUCUCUGCAGUUCACUAAGUAAAUCCGGGGUCAAGGCUUUGAUGCUUGUUGGGCUGGAGCGAGUAUCAAACUUUGAGGAUGUGAUGCGGCUGGAGUUCGGACGUGGCUUCACUUAUAACCGGCCUCUUCGAGUUAAUGACAUGGCUUUACAGUUUGAAUUGGCAGAGCAACUGGACAAUGUUGCGGAAAGAGCAUGUUGUGGGGUUCCAUGCAAGUGUUCUGGACAGUGGGGAGACCGGGGAUUGCCAGGUACAGCUGGACCAAAGGGAACCUCAGGAGAAGAUGGCUACAGAGGCUAUCCAGGAGAUGAAGGUGGACCGGGAGACCGUGGACCUUUGGGGAUCAAUGGAACUCAGGGAUUUCAAGGCUGUCCUGGUGAAAGAGGAACAAAGGGUAACCGUGGAUUCCCAGGUGAAAAGGGUGAACUGGGAGAGAUUGGUCUGGAUGGAAUCGACGGGGAAGAAGGAGACAGAGGCCAUCCAGGUUCUCCUGGGGAGAGGGGAAGCCUUGGCGGCAGAGGUGACAAAGGAGGCAAAGGAGAACAAGGAGAAAGAGGAGACCGCGGACUGCGAGGAAACUCGGGUGGGCAAGGAUCGAAUAGCACUCAGAGAGGAUCUAGAGGCCAGAAGGGUGAACUCGGACCAAUGGGAGACCCCGGAGCAGAUGGACCCCCAGGACCCCCAGGAGGGCCUGGAAGAAACGGAGGACAGGGCAGAAGAGGACCCCCCGGUGUCAAAGGAAACAGAGGUCCUGGAGGUCUACAAGGGUCUGUAGGAGAGCAAGGUACCAGAGGGCCACAGGGACCUCCUGGCCAAGCCGGAACUCCAGGUCUUCGAGGAGAGCAAGGCAUCCCUGGGCCAAGGGGUGGAGGAGGCCCGCCUGGGUCUGCAGGAGAACGUGGCAGGCCUGGACCCCUUGGCAGAAAGGGCGAGCCAGGUGACCUUGGUGCAAAGGGCCCCGCAGGUCCUGUUGGGCCACGAGGAGAGACGGGAGACGACGGACGCGAUGGUGUGGGCAGGCCGGGAACUAAAGGCAGACGGGGAGAACCAGGGUUUCCCGGAUAUCCAGGGCCAAAGGGUGCACCUGGAGAUCGAGGCAGUCUUGGUGAUGCUGGCCCCAAAGGAAACAGAGGUCACAGGGGUACACCAGGAGAGCCUGGCCCACGAGGUCAAAAAGGAGAAAGAGGAUAUGGAGGACCAGCAGGAUUUAAGGGUGACAGAGGAGAGUCAAGAGAUCAAUGUGCCCUUGUCCGCAACAUCAAAGAUAAAUGCCCUUGCUGCUAUGGUCCAAGGGAAUGCCCACUUUAUCCGACAGAAUUGGCCUUUGCUAUAGAUACUUCUUCUGGUGUGAGUACAGACGUUUUCAACAGAAUGAAGCAAGCAGUGUUGGCGAUCGUCAACAACCUCACCAUCGCUGAGAGCAACUGCCCUCGUGGCGCCCGCGUUGCCUUGGUUACGUAUAACAGCGAACUCACCACGGAGAUUCGUUUCGCCGACUCCCGAAAGAAAACCAAUCUCCUGAAGCAAAUCGAGGCCCUCCGAGCCAUACAGACGACCAAACAGCGAAGCUUAGAGACGGCUAUGUCCUUUGUCGCCAGGAACACCUUCAAACGUGCUCGCAGCGGCUUCCUCAUGAGGAAGGUGGCUGUCUUCUUCAGCAACGGACCCACGAGAGCAUCUCCGCAACUCAAUGAGGCGAUGAUGAAGCUCUACGAUGCAGGAGUCGUGCCGGUGUUCCUCACGAACAGAGAUGAUCGGGCCCUUUCGAACGCACUGCAGAUCAACAACUCCAUAGGCGGCCAAGUGAUCGUAUUUUCCGGCGGCGCAGAUCAAAUUAAUCAAACGAUUAGGAGAGUAAUAACAUGCCAUAUUUGCCUGGAUGUAUGCGAUCCUGAUCCCGCCUGCGGCCCACAAAGGCCCACCUUCGGCAGAGACAGACGGGCGGCUCCGACGGACGUCGACAUCGACAUGGCCUUCAUCCUGGAUAGCUCGGAGAGCACCACGCCGCUGCAGUUCAGAGAGAUGACCAAGUACAUCGCGUAUAUUGUCAGCCAGCUGGAGACAAGCCCGGACCCGAAGGGAUCCCUGCACCAUGCCCGGGUGGCCGUGGUCCAGCACGCUCCUUAUGAAUAUGCCACCAAUUCAAGUACCUCCCCCAUCAAAGUCGCGGUGUCCCUAACAGAGUACAGUUCCAAAGACAAGCUGAUGGACUUCGUUGGGAACCACAUGGUGCAGCUGCAAGGCACCAGGGCUGCAGCAAGCGCCAUCGAACACACCAUGAGGCUAAUUUUUGAGCGGGCGCCAAAUCCCCGGGAUCUCAAAGUCAUUGUAUUGAUGAUUACAGGAGAGGUGAAAAACCAGGAGCUGGAGCACCUUCGGAGAGUGGUUGUGGAAGCUAAAUGCAAAGGGUACUUCUUUGUCAUCCUUGGCGUUGGCAGGGAAGUGAACAGCCGGAGCAUCUACAGCUUGGCCAGCGAGCCCAAUGACGUCUUCUUCAAAUAUGCGGACAAGCCCUCAGAACUGCACGAAGAGCCUCUGCUGCGCUUUGGAAAUCUCUUGCCAUCCUUUGUCAGCAGUGAAAACGCCUUUUACCUCUCUCCAGAUGUCCGAAAACAAUGCGAUUGGUUCCAGGGGGACCAACCAGUUAAAAAAGUUGUCCUACCAGCAAACGUUCCAAACAAUGUGACCGCUUCAAUCACUACAACAAAACCAACAGCAAAGCCAACCACCACCAAACCAACAACAAUAAAAUCAACCGCAAAACCAACAGCGCCACCAACAACCCCAACAACAAUAAAACAAACACCACCGACGACGACGACGACAACAGAAAAACUGGAAGUGGUAAAGCAUGUGGGUCAAGUCCAGGUCACGGAUAUCACCGAAAACAGCGCCAAAUUGCACUGGGCGGACCCUGAGCCUCAGCAUGCCUCUCUCUAUGAUGUCACCAUCACUUUGGCACAUGACCACUCUUUAGUUCUGAAGCUGAACUUAACGGGCACUGAACGAGUCAUCGGUGGCCUUGGGAGCGGACAGAUGUACCACGUCGUGAUCACAGGCUACCGCAAUGCACAGGUCAAAGCAACCUACACCGGAACAUUUAGCACAAAGGUCAUGCCAUUGCCCAAGGUGCCCCUACCUGCAUCUGCCCAGCUGAUGUUGAACACUGAGCCACUAGAAGAGCCGAAAACAGAUCCUUGCUUGCUGGACCUUGACAUGGGGAGUCAGUGUAAGGAGUAUCAGGCUAAGUGGUUCUUUGACUACAAAAACAAGAUCUGUACCCAGAUUUGGUAUGGUGGGUGUGGCGGGAACGCCAAUAGAUUUGAGACUGAAGCUGACUGCAUUAGCAGAUGCUUGAAGCCAUUAGAGGAGAAAAGCAUACCGCUUCCUGCCCUUGAGAAAAGUCACCUGACAGGACUGAGACUGCUCAAGAAGAGGUUUACCAGGAGAAAAUUAUCCAGAAGGAAAGUGGAAAAAACAGCAAAAACGAUAGAAAGAACAGCCGCAGAUAUUUGCAACUUGAAAAAAGAAGAAGGGACCUGCAGGAAGUUUGUCCUAAAAUGGUAUUUUGAUUCCAAGACGAAAAGCUGUACUAGGUUCUGGUACGGGGGCUGUGGCGGAAACGACAACAGAUUUAACACACAGGCAGAAUGUGAAGUCCUCUGCCUUUCAGCUCGUGUCAAUUCUGCUGUUGUGACAACAAUAGGAACUUAAACAACCGUGGAACAUCAACACAUACCUCUAAGAGUACCUGGAGUCAUCUAUUGCCAACGUAGCCCUCAUAGAAGCUAAGGGUGUAAACUACCUUACACUGUCUAUUUCAUGCUUUAUGUUCCAUACAAACCUUGAAGAAAGAGUUUUUGCUGCACAUCUUUAUCAAUAUGGUGCUAAAUUGUGGACGGGACGCUAAACAUGCCGGGGAUAUAAUCUAUACUUUUCAACAUUACGUAAUAUUUACCCAUCACAGAUCUAUUCUGUUUGAACAAUUUACAGUUUCCGCUUGGAUUCCGGCAUUACGCCUCAAACUUGGGCAAUGUAAAAAAUUAGAAAAUAAGAAGGGGCGGGGGAAAAAAAAAUCACUGCAACUGUCAUGUACUUGCUUUUAUGAUUCCCACAACUGAGCAUAACUUUAGAUGGAAAGCCUUAUGUAAAAGGGAGUAGCCAGUUCUCAAAUGCAAGCAGUUUGACUUUUCAAGCUGCCUUCACUCUUACUGGAUUAUGCAUUUUAGCAACUCUCUUUUCUCGUGUGUGAUCAAUCAAACUAGGGGGGGGGAAAUGCAACCUUCCUUGAUACGGAUGCACUGCUGGGACCAACGACUGAAUUAAAGAAUCUUUGAAACAUGG